GUGUUGGUCUCGCUGUGACACACCUUCUCCAUAGCAAGGAAACCCAUGGAGGUCGCCGUCUCCGCGGUGGCGAGCGAGGUGGCCGGCCGGCUCGUGUCUUUCCUCAUCGGCAAGUACAGAGGCCAGGCACGCCCGAGCAAGAAGGAGAACCUGGAGUCGCUGCGCCGGCUCCUGCUCAGAGUCCACACCGUCAUCGAGGAGGCCGGGGGCCGAUACAUCGCCAACUCACGCAUGCUGCUGCAGCUCCAGGCGCUCACGGAGGCCAUGUACCGGGGGUACGACGCCCUGGACACCCAUGCCCCCCUGGAGCAGAUCGGAGCACAACCGGAGGCGUCAGGCUCGGUGGAUUUCACAAGUUUCAACAGGGCAGCUGCUAGCAAAGAGGUGCAGGCCGCGCUGAGAGCUCUGGAGACCGCCUCUGCUGAGAUGGCCGAGUUCAUCGCGCUGCUAGCAGGCUGCGAGCGCAUGAUCCGCAGCCCGUACAGCUGCUACCUUCACAUCGACAACUUCAUGUUUGGCCGCCGGGUCGAGAGGCAGCGGGUCAUCAACAUCUUGAUGCAGGAUGAGGAUGGCCACCCGCCGCUCGGGGCUCCCACGGUGCUGCCCAUCAUCGGCGGCCGCAGGGUGGGCAAGAAGACGCUGGUGUGGAGCGUCUGCUCCGACGACCGGAUCCGCUCCCGCUUCCCUUCCAUCCUCCACGUCGACGGAUGCGAGAUUCAGAGGAUCGGCCGCGACAGGUUUACUACUCCUCCUGUGAGGACUUUGAUCGUCGUCGAGUUCCGGUCGGACGUGGAAUUGGAUGACAGGGAGUGGCACGGGUUCCUCUCGCUGCUCCGAGCUCUCACCGGUGUUGGAAGCAAGGUGGUGAUCGUGAGCCGGCUCGAGGCGCUGGCGAGGUUUGGAACCGUAGACCUCGUCCGAAUCAACAGCUUCUCGCGAGAGGAAUACGGCUACCUUUUCAAGGUGCUCGCGUUCGGGAGCUCGGACCCGGCGGACCACCCGCGGCUGGCCCUGAUAGGGAAGGAGCUGGCGGCGCUGAUGGAGGGGUCACUCGUGCAUCUGAACGUCUACUCGAGCGUGCUGAGGAACAACCUGAACGUGCGGUUCUGGAGCCGCGCUCUGAAGCUGUACAGAACGGUCAUGGAGGCCAAUCUGUCCGUCUUCGGCGAGCACCCGAGAGCUCUUCUUGACAGAGGCGGCACCGUGGAUAUCACCAGGUUUUCGCCGUCGGGGGCUACCUCGCUUCGAUUCACGUUGCUGAUCGGUGCAAGUGGAAGGGACUCUUCCGGACCGGGUGAGCUCCCCAGGAUGACAUUUGGAGAUAUAAUAGCAGGCUCUGUUCUUCUGCCGAUGAAGUUUGAGCUGGUGUGGGAGUCACGGUUGCCCCCUUACACCGUUAUCUCCGGCACUUGUGUCGCAGACAAGCCUCAACAAUCGGCUUCACUGAGGAAGAAACGCCGUACAUGAUGUAUGCUUCCGUAGGCCAUUGCCGUGUCGGUCCUGAUGUGAACUUUUUUUUUGGCAGGUGUUAUCGCUUUCUAUAGCAUAGGAAUAUUUCACACUUCUACCAACUACAACUAAGGCGAAACCAAUAUAAUUCAGCUUUUAUAAUCUGUAAUGUCUUUAAACAGAACAAAUCAUAUUAUAGAUUAUAAAAACUAGACGGACAAAUUAUAAAACUCACA